GAUUAUUGUAUUCAAGAUAUACAUGUAUGACGUACGCGAUAGUCUGUAGUUCCAAAACAUGGGUUUUCUCUGUUAUAUUUUCAAUUAAAUGAUAAUUCUUUUUUUGUUUAAUUUAGUAAAGAAAACAUUAAAUUUUAUUUAUAGUGUAAAAAAAUCACAAAAUUCAAUACGAUGAUCAUUCUCUUUAUAUUACGAAAAUAGGGAAAGUAUAUACGGUAUAGUAGAUCUGCCAUGAUAGAUCCGAACGCGUCUUCAUCUUAUUCCAAAAAAGUCAGAAAUUGUUAGCAAAAUGUGUAAUUUUUGUUAUCAGGAGAGCUUCUUAAAGUAAAAGUACAGAUUACAGAAUGGUGGUGGAUUGUUUAUCCAUUCAAGGCUCAGCAGCUAUAAUACGGAAGCAGGAGCGAAGAUUAGGUGGGUUAGUGGCUGCAAAGAUGCAACCUAACAAUGUUGGUAGUUGUGGUGGUAUGACACCUAAAGAACUUUCUGACAAUGAUGACCUAGCUACUUCUCUCGUAUUAGAUCCUUAUCUUGGAUUUACCACCCAUAAAAUGAAUAUCAGGUAUAGACCAUUAAAAGCAAAUAAAGAUGAACUCCGUAAAAUUAUUUGUGAAUUUAUUCAAACCCAAAAUUAUGAAAAAACUUAUAAAAAAUUAAUGGGUGGUGAUUGGGGUGCAAGACUUCCUCACACAAAAUCUAAACAACAACAAAUAAAUUUAGAAAAACAUAUUUACAGAUAUUUAAAAGUUUUUGAUAAGGAUUCUGGAUUUGCAAUAGAACCAUGUUAUAGGUAUAGUCUUGAAGGUCAAAAAGGUGCCAAAAUUUGUGCAACUCGAAAAUGGUUAAAACAUGAUAAAAUAUCUUGUCUUGUUGGCUGUAUUGCAGAACUUAGUGAAAAGGAAGAAGCAGCAUUAUUACAUCCAGGAAAAAAUGAUUUUUCUGUUAUGUUUAGUUGUAGAAAAAAUUGUGCACAACUAUGGUUAGGUCCAGCAGCAUAUAUUAAUCAUGAUUGUAGAGCUAAUUGCAAGUUUGUGGCAACAGGAAGAGAUACAGCUUGUGUUAAAGUUCUUCGUGAUAUUGAAGUAGGAGAAGAAAUUACUUGUUUUUAUGGAGAAGAUUUUUUUGGAGAUGGUAACUGUUACUGUGAAUGUGAAACAUGUGAAAGGAGAGGAACUGGAGCAUUUGCAAAUCAAAAACCAGGAGAAGAACUUUCCUCUGGAUAUCGUCUACGAGAAACAGACAAUCGUAUCAAUCGUACGAAACAUAGACAACAACCAUUAAGUCGAAAUAAACAACAAGCUGAUACCGCACUUACAGAGAAAAAUGCAGUUCUUGUUGGUAAUGCUGCAAUAGCACCACAAAGUCUUAGUAUGAAAGAGUUAAGAAGAAAGGGCUUAACAAAAUAUGAUGCAGAAUUAUUAAUUGCACAAGGUUGUCGAUUUUCUGACAUUGCUCAACAACAACCUAUUAUAAAUAAUGGAGAAAAUGUAUUACAAACAUCUCGACCUCAUCCUCAUCAUUCUGCUAUUACUACAAAUUCCGGGUCAAGAAAUCUUCGAAAUAAACAAUUAUGUAAAUUUGAUAGUGAUAAUCAGAAUAACAUUAAAAAUCAUACGCUUCGAUCGUCCAGAAUUCAUAAAAGAACAGAAUCAAAGAAGAACAAAGUUUCGGAAAAAGUUGAAUCUUCUUGUUUAAAUGGUUCUAUAAUAAAAAAUAUUGAAUUAGAAGAUAUAAGUCAUCGUAAAGAAGACUCUGAUAGAGUAGAUGAAGAAAUGAUGUAUUCUAGAUUACAUAAAACCCAUUCAAGGAGUACUUUAAAUGAAGAAACUAAUAAUAUUUGCCAUGUUCAGACUUCAUGUCAUGAUAUAUUGGAACAAUCAAGUUGUUCUAAUCUUCAAAGAGAAUGUUCAGACACAUUCAUUAAAAACAAUAGAGAAAUAAAUAGCAAAUUGAUAAAUGAAAAAGAAAUACCUGAUAUUAUUGUAGAAAUUAAUUCUAAUUCAGUAGAUAAUAUUAAUAUUACUUCCAAUUCUAAAAAAGAACACUAUAGUACAAAUUCCUGUGAUUCAGUUCAUAUAAGUUCCAUGCCUGAAAGUCGAUUAGAUGAUUUACAUGAAACUAAUAAAAAUGAAAUAAUUUCGAAAGAAAAUCAUCAGUCACGAAUCGCUCAUUAUAAUUUGUCUUUAAUUGAAAAUUGCAAAGAUAUAAAUAAUAUUUCUAUCACGCCAAUAAAAUCAAAUGAUUGUGUCAAAGAAUAUUUAGAAUUUGAAAGAAAAAUUUUAAAGGAAGAAAAAGAAAAAAAUUGUGAAUUCGUGCAUAAAGAUUAUUCUUACAAAGAUGAAGAACAAAUAUGUUUAAUUCACUUGAAAUCAGCUAAAAUUUCAAAUUGUAUAGAAACUGAUACAAAAACACCUACAUUUGAUAUACUUGAAUCUAGUAAAGAUAUAAAGAAAAAUGAUUCUACGAAUUCAAAUAAAUUGAUUAAAUAUUUAAUAGAAAAUGAAACAAAUAAAUUUGAUAGAUUUGAUUCAGACUUUAAUAAGUCUUCAAAUAAUACUGAACAUGGUAAAAUAAAUUUUGUUAAGGAAAAUACUAUUAUAGAAAAUAGUAAAGGGAAUUGUCAAAAAGAUUUAAUCAUAAAAGAUAACAUAUACGUAACUAAUAUUGGAGUGUCUGAAAUAAAAUCUGAUAAAAUUGGAAUGAUUGAAACAUGUACAACAAAUCAAGAUUCUCGAACAGAUCCCUGUAAAGAAAAUAAAAAUUUCAGUAGAAUGGAAACUAUUAAUUAUAGUGAGAUUAAUAAAUGUAACAUACAAGAUACUCAUAAUUCUAUUUUAAAACAACCUCUGCAAAAAAAUGAUUCAUUACAUACAACAUUAAGAUCUCAUAAAAGUAGAAGAAAACUUAUAAAUGAAAAGAAAUCUGCAAUUUCUGAAACGGAAGAACUAGAAAGUGUUACAGAACAAAAAAUAACUGAUAAUAUGAUUGCAUCUGUUUCAAAAACUCGUAAUAAAACAGAAAAAACAAAAAGUAGAUUAACAAGAAGUCAAAAGAAAGAUCGAAAGGAAUUAGCUACUACUGAAAUUGGUGUAGCUGAUGAUGAUUCAGGUAUUCAAGAUAUUUAUGAAUUUAGUGAAAAAGAAAGUAAUUUGGAAGAUAUUAGAAUACCAUCAAUAAUGCGACGUAAACAAGAAACCCGUUAUACUGGACUCACGUCGCAUUUACAAGAAAUGCAAUACAAUGAUGAAUGCAAUAAAAUUGAACCUCCAGUAUUACUUCCACAAGAACCAUGGCCACCAAUUAAUUGCAAUCAAAAUCAAUUGUUAGAUCCAAAUAGUAAUAGUCAAUUAAGAGAAAAUUCCAUACAUAAUGAAAGCUUAAAGAGAUUAUCAACUUGUAGUAAUGAUAGUGCACAAAAGUUAACAACUCCUACAGAAUAUCAGUGGCAAAUGAAUAAUUCUAAUUGCCAAGUGUGUCCAACUACUCCAGAGAGAACUGGCAGAUUAAAACUUACUCUUCGCAUGAAACGUUCGCCAGUUUUAGAAGACAUCGUAGAAUCGGGUACGAGUUUAAGUGAAGAUAGUUAUGAACCUGAAUACGAAGUAUUACGUGUAGAAGGUGUGGAAAGAAGUAGACGUAAAAAAAAACAUAAAACUCGAGAUCGUGAAAAACGACAUAAGAAACGCGAAUUAAAUCUUGAUCCUCCUCCACCACCAAUGAAAAGAUUGCGUUUAAUUUUUGGCAAUGAAACACAUACUAUCGACUUUCCACAUUCUUAACAACUAUAAAUAGUGAUUUUCAGUAUCAUCUGAAAUAAAUUAUAAACAUAAUUUAGAUAUGUUAAAACAGGUCUCCUUGUCCUGUAACAUUGUGAAUUUCUUUGUAGUUUUACAAUUAUAAACGACAUAUAUUGUCGUUAAACUUUAUAGGUAUUUGAUGAUAAAAUUAUUGUGUUCUGAUUUUUUGUCAUUUUUUACUGCUUAAAUUUUGUCUUGCUUCUUAUUCUUCUAACAACGAAUAAUUAAAGGCCUAGUAAAUAUAAAUUAAAAAAAAAGUGUAUUGAUUCAUAUGCUGUUCAGUAAAUAUUUAUUUAAAAAUUUUAUAUAGAUCUAUUUAAAACAGAUAAUACGUAACUAAUUAGUUGAUUAUUAUAUUCAUAACAAAAUUAGUAUUUUAUUUUAUUGUUGUGGUAACUUGCUUUUUCAUUAAUAUUGUAUUUAUACAGACAUAGUUUUGAUAAAACAGGUUUUAAAACCUAUAGUCUUUCAUUUUCUGCUUAUUUUCAAUAUUAUAAAUUUAUAUUGUUAAACAAUUUUUUACUAAUAAAAUAUUUAUAUUAUAUAUGCAAAAUUCACAUAAAACACUUCCUUGUGUUAAAAACAAGGAAAGAAUAUAUUGAGUCGAGUUAUAUCUCUAUUCUAUUUCCAGAUGAGGACAAAGGAGAAAAAUCUAUACUCUUAUAUUAUGUAUAAUAAUAGCUAUAAAAUAAUAAUAAUAAUAAUAAUGAUAAUUCAAUUUAAAUUAGUUAAAUACUAGAUAUCAUAUAUUAAUUGCUGUUCUCAAAAUGCGUGAUUGAUUACCGAGAAAAAAUUGUAAAUAUUGCUUAUGUGUACGUAAGCGCGUGCGUAUAUAUAUAUAUAUAUAUAUAUAUAUAUAUAUAUAUAUAUAUAUAUAUAUGUAUGUAUGUAUAUGUAUCAUAAUGAUAUACAUGCAAAUAUAUUUAGCAUUGCUCGACACAGGCGCGCGCGUACACACACACACACACACACACACACACACCCCAUAUAUAAAGAGCGCGUGCGCAAAGAAAUAUAAUUGCUGUAUUCCGUAUAUCGAUGUAAUACAAUGCCUUAAUGCUAAUGAAUAUAAAGCAAGUGCAUUGCACGUAAGUGUCAUCGUGUACCGAAUACAUAUAUCGUUUACAUACGAUAAUGAAAAAGAAAAUUUCAUUUAGUGAGAUAGAUUAAAAAUUUUAAUUAAAAAAUAAAGAAAUUACAAGAAAUAAAUAAUCAUCUUUACAAUAGAAUUUCAACAUUAGAUUUUGAAUUGUCAUUUGAAUUUAAGAAACAAUAUUUUAUGUUGAAUUUGUAUAUAUUGUUGAAUUUGAUUCAAUUAUAAAACAAUCUAAAUUAUCAAAAUAUAAAGUUUAAGUAGAAAUCAUAUAUUACAUUAAGAUCUGAAAAAGUUUAGUAGAAAAAUUCUUUAGUCAUUUAAAUGACAGAAGAAAUCCAUCUCAUGUUUUGUGUUAAGAUUCAUAUUUUCAUAAUUCAUAUUUUUCGAACAAGAUUGUUUUCAAAUUUUAUGAUUCAUAAAUGUUGGAUGUGAUUAUUUACUUUAAAAAAUAUUAUAACAAAAAAUUAUUAUUUAUUUUUCAUUAAUUGGACUUGUACAUUGAAGUCAUGAUAAAAUAAUAUAAGUCGAGUAGAUUUUAAAGUUCUAAUGGUUGUUUGAUUUAUUUGACUAUUUUGUAAUUUUAAUAAUAUAUUUUAUAUAUUCAUAAUAUGCGGAGAUAAAUAUUUUAGAACACAUAUACAAUGAUGUUGUUUUUGAUAUUCAUUUUAAUCUGUCGCUUUCUUUCUAAAGUGUAUUUUAAUUUUAGAUAUGAAUUUAAAAUUACUUAUGAAAAUUUAAAUAAAAUUGUACGAAUCAAAACUCGUACAAAUUGCUAAUAUUAAUUAACAUAUUAAAUAUUUGUCUUCUUUUUUUUUUUAUUUUUGUAUAUUAAAUUUUGGUAUUGUCUUUAAAAUAUUUUUUAUUUUAUUAUAUAUUUUUUAAUGAUGAUUAUAUUAUAUAUUUCGAAAAAAAUUGAAAUACGCUUAAGACGCGGGAAAUUUAUCCGAGAAUUACAUAGCGAUUAAGAUUCAUAAAUUGAGAUUGAUUAUAUGUUAUUCAUUCAUAACAGAAUAUUUUCUUUAUUAUUUAUCGUGAAAUCUUUAUCUAAUGAAUACUUAUAAUCAUAGCCAUAAAAAUUUGGCGAAUAUAAUAUACUAUUGUAUAUUUAUAUCAUAUAGGUGUAUCUAUUUUCCAUUUUGCGUUUAUUAGUAAAAUACACAUGACAACAGAAGAAAAACUUUCAAAUACAUAGAUCAAAAAAAAUUCUAAUUGAAAAGAUCAGUAUUUCAUUGGUAAGCAAACAUGUAAUAAAAAAGUUGUAUUCAUAAAAUCCAUUUAAAAAUUAACACAUCUUCAGAUUAAUUGAUAAUGACUAUUCCUCCAUUAUGUAAUAAAGCAUUUAAUUAACGUGAAAACGUUAUAUCAUUUCAAUUGUAAUCAUAUAAGAUGUAAUUUUAGUCGAUAAUAUGCCUGUUAAUUGAUCUAUAAUAUAAAAUUUGUGAUAAACUUCUAUUAUAUUAUUCUAUUAAAUAUUCUUGUUCUAAUAUAGCAUUGUAGUAACUGUUUUUCUCUAAGAUUUUAGCAAACUAUAAUAUUAGUCGCAUUGACCGAAUUAUUAUUAAACUAUACAUGUAUUUUUAGACUUGUAAAAUAGCAGAGGAUUUAUUAAGGAGAAAAAGAAAAAGAAGAGAAAAAUUAAUUUUCAGAAUUUUAAAUUGUGAAAAUUUUAAUAUAAAAAAAAAAUUCGGAUUAAUUUGAAUUUUUAUCAUCAUAUGUAUAAAAAAUAUAGUUACAUACAAAAUAAUGUAUACUUUUUCUAGUAAAAUUAACGAAAUAUGAAAUCAUAAACUAUAAAAAAAUGCUAGCAUAAAAUUUUAACAUUAAUUACUUAUAUGCAUAUUUUUUGCAACUACAAAAUAUAGAAAUUGUAUCAAGAAAGAAAUUAAUUAAUUGAUGGCGAGUUAUUAAAUCAUUCAAUGUUUAUCUUUACAUUAAAAAAAAUAAAUUUUCAAUAAUAAAUCAAAAUAUGCAUCGAUAUUAAACAAAUUUUUAAGUUUUAAAUAUGUAAUAAUAUGUGUACUUAUGUAUAUGACACGUUGUAAACACAAUAUUUCAUAAAAUAAUUGCAAUUUCUCUUUACUUAUGAAAACUUUCUGUUAUUAAGUAGUUUUUCUUUCACUGCCAAUGUAAAAUUAUAACAUCAUUAGUGUCACACAAAUUAUAAAAUGUAAGUUACAAUAAAUAUAAUUUAUCAUAUGUAAAGUAUAUUAAAAAAUGAUUAAUUUAGAUUAGAUAUUAAAAUUUAGUUUCAAUAGUUCAAAGAAUUUAUAACCCUGAUAUAACCUAUAAAUAUAUUAUUAUCGUUAUUGUAAUUGUAUUAUCUUUAUUCACAAAAACAAAUGUAUAUUAUGAUUGUUUUUUACAAGUUAAAAUAUAAUAAUAAAUGAAUUGCA